GCACAGACGUUCUUCAGCCUUCGAUAGUAGCAGCGGCUCUAGCUCUCAAGGACGCUCGCGAAUAAAACGAAGUUGGCCAGGCCGGUCCGCGACAUUAUACCACCCUUAGCACAGAGCAAAGAAAAUGCGCGUCCUGAUCGUUCUGAGUUUGUUGUGCGCGGUCCAGCCCCAGCAUGUCCAGUCCCAGUCGAAAUUCUGGGACUAUUCUCAGCGGUUCCUGUCGAACUUUUUCCGACACGGAAAGAACGUCGCAGCGACCGGUACGACCACCGAGUCGGUCACGUACAUAUCCACAACUGCUCCCAGUACUACCCCGGUUCGACAGACACCGGAACCGUCCACUAAACCCACCACGACAACCCUUCAACCCAAAGAAACCUCGACGGUAUUUGUCAGUAACAAGACUUUAGCUUCUCAAACCACCCUCACUACAAUUGUGACGACAACUAUUUCGUCAACGUCUGUUUCCGAUUUGGAAUUAGGGAAAAAUAAUUUCUCCACUUUGACCAGCACAAUAGCGGGUCUCAGUACGAUCGAAAGCAGUACUGGAAGCACGAUUAUUGACUCGACCACCCCUGAUUUCAUUGCAACCACUGGCGAACCAAGAGAAAAUCCAAACUCGCAUGAGUUCUACUUGUCAACAAGAAAAGAAAAACCUCUGAUUAAACUUGCAGCAAACAUUAGCCAGAAUCUAUUGCCAUUGCCCGCUGGUGCUAGUGCAGCUCUAGUUAAACCGACCAAAUAUCAUUACUACCCGCACAACCAGCACAUCUAUCUGCUACCUGAAUGUGCCAUACAGCAGGUAUGCAACGCCGUGUACGUGAGACUUAACUGGACCCAGCCACUAUGCGCCUGUCCAUCAAGAUACAGAGACCCCUGUUCCGCAUCUCUCAAUUCCGACGAUCUACAUACAACAGAAUUAUCUAUUAACAAAAGAUCAAAGAAGGCUGUCACACUGGUGAAAACUUGCGAACCGACCAGCGAAAUGCGUAUCUGCAGAGCCCCGAGGGACUGGUCACUUCUGGCUUUACAAAACAUAAGAACCGGCAAGUCGCACUAUCUCGUUAUCUGCAGAUGCCCUGACAACAGCGCCUUGGAAGGCCCCAUGUCUCACGAUCAGCCCACUUAUGCUAGCGUGCCCGGUAUAAGAGUUUAUGGAAUGAUGUGCGUGGAUAACAAACGUAGAGGAAGGCCUCUACGGGAUUCCAGAAGCUUAGAAAUACCUCCUUUCCCAUGGAAAAAGGCUCAAGAACUUGCAGAAAUAGCAGAAUGGGAUUAGAAACGUCGUAGAUUAACGCGUGUGAUUCGGAGACAAAAAUAAUGGUUAUCUAAACCAAAAUAAUCCAGUUAAAGUAUUUAAGGCGUAUUUUAUAAAAUAAUAUUAUAAUAAUAGCUGAUAGUUUCAUUAAUUCUUAAGACAGUGCAAUUUACCGUGCAUAAAGUGACUGAAUAAAUGCAUUUUUCUUAUAAAUAUUCAGUCAAGCUAAAUAAAAUAAUAUAUGCCACCUUAAGUUGUACUGCCCCUGUCGUAGUACCUAAGUUCAAUUAUCAUUCAUUUAUUACUUUGGCCAUAUUUAAAACCACCUACCUCUUACUACAACAAUAAAACUACUGCACAUUGUUAUAGUAGAAGGAAUAUUUUAUUUUUAAUCUCCCCCUCGUAUUAUAUUUAUUGGUUCAUAUUUUAGUCUGAGAUCUGUGUAUAAAUUUUAAUUUAAUAUCACAAUCAGAAAAAUAUAUAAAACCAAUAUUUGGUUUAAAAAUUCCAAUUUUUUUUAGAUAUGGCUAAACUAUCGGGAUACCCAUAAUUUUUAAAACAAAAUCGGAUAUAGGGUAUUUAUUUGUUCUCUACUUGCCUAAGUAAUAUAGGAUUUUAUUUUUGUAUAUAUUUUCAUGAGCGAAGAAUAA